AUGACCAUCCUGGUCAAAAUUGUAAAUUUUACGCAUAAAAUUAACGAAAAUACAAAAAUUGCUAACCGUCGCCUGGGCCUGGGACCUCGAUCACGUGACAGAUUUAAUAUUUUUGAUUGGCCAGAUUGGCCACAUGAUCGCGUCAUGUUUAUUUGUUUAUCGAAUCUCGUUUUUCAGUUUUUUCGGUCUGUUUUUUCGGUCUCAAGGUCCUUUAGUCCUUCCGGUUCUGUAAUUAAGCCAGCGGAAUUAAAAGAUUAUUAUGCGGAACGUCCACCACGUGUCUGUCUAAGGGUUCUGAUAGCCGAAAUCAUGCUUUCAUCCUUACUUUGGUGGGUCCUGGCGUUCUUAGAACUCCCCGUUUCCCGUUCCAUUUUUACCACCAAGGUGACACCUUGUAGCGGUUUGGUUUUCAAUUUUCGAAUUGCUAUUGAUUUUGUUUUAAAGUCUUUGUAA